ACGAAAGACAUUAAAAUGGACAGCAGUCUCAACAGCAAACCAGAGAUUCAGUCUGCAACUCCACCAAUGGAAAACAACAACAGCGUGGAAGAUAGCAGCCAUAAUGAUGAAGCUGCCAUUUCUUCUGCUCUGGAAACAGUUGGAAAUGGGGAUUCCUCAGAACCGCCAACAAUUAGCUCAAAGUUACUGAGAAUGCUGGAAGCAGCAACCAACUGGCGACCUGUGCUCGUAAAAAUGCAGAACAGCGAGGAAGUGUUCAAGGAAAAGGAGGGAGUCGUCAGUGAAGCACCAAGAACAAAAAGACAAAUCCAAUAUCCUGAGCAGACACGAGAAUUCGACAGCCGAUUAACAAAGACGGGACGCCGCUCCCUGUCCCACUCCAUUUCUCAUUCCUCUACAGACAGCAACGGCUCAGGGGGCUCAGAUGCAGAAAAUCCAGAAGAUGAGGUCUCUCCUCGAGACGUGCAACAGAUCAACUCUAAAGGGAGCAGGGACUUCUGCAUCAAAAGCAUCAAACUGGCAGACUUUGGCCGUCGAGAGAUAGAACUUGCCGAGGAUGAGAUGACUGCACUAAUGGCCUUGAGAAAAGCUGCCCAGGUUGAGAAACCAUUGGCAGGGGCUAAAAUAGUGGGAUGCACCCAUGUCACGGCCCAGACAGCUGUGCUGUUUGAGACUCUGGUGGUAUUAGGGGCUCAGUGUAGGUGGGCAGCCUGCAAUAUUUACUCCACUCAGGAUGAAGUGGCGGCUGCUUUAGCAGAGCAAGAUUUUCCAGUGUUUGCAUGGAAGGGAGAAUCUGAGGAUGACUUCUGGUGGUGUAUUGACCGCUGUGUGAAUGUGGACGGCUGGGAGCCAAACAUGAUCCUCGAUGACGGAGGAGAUAUGACACAUUGGAUAUACAAGAAAUAUCCUCACCUCUUCAAGAAAGUCAAGGGUAUUGUUGAAGAAAGUAUCACAGGCAUACACAGACUUCAUCACCUCUCUAAAGCUGGAAAACUAUGUGUGCCAGCCAUAAAUGUGAACGACUCGGUCACUAAACAAAAGUUUGACAAUCUCUACUGCUGCAGGGAGUCCAUUCUGGAUAGUCUGAAAAAGACCGCUGAUAUCAUGUUUGGGGGAAAGCAGGUGGCUGUAUGUGGAUAUGGAGAGGUGGGAAAAGGUUGUUCUGCAGCUCUGAAAGCGAUGGGAUCUGUGGUGUAUGUAACCGAAAUCGACCCCAUCUGUGCUCUACAAGCAUGCAUGGAUGGCUUUCGAUUGACCAAACUAGGUGAUGUUGUGAGACAAGUGGACAUGGUCAUCACCUGCACAGGAAACAAAAACGUUGUUGUGAGGGAACACAUGGACCUCAUGAAGAAUGGCUGCGUUGUCUGCAACAUGGGACGCUCUAAUACAGAAAUCGAUGUUAGCAGUCUAAGAACCCCAGAGUUAGUAUGGAAGCAUGUGAGAGCGCAAGUGGAUCACAUUAUUUGGCCUGAUGGCAGGAGAAUAGUCCUCCUUGCAAGGGGCCGUGUCCUUAAUCUAAGCUCCUCCACUGUACCCAUAUACGUGCUUUCCAUCACAGCCACCACACAGGCUUUGGCAUUGAUCGAGCUCUUUAAUGCCCCGGAAGGCCGUUACAAGCAAGACGUCUAUCUCCUUCCAAAGAAACUGGAUGAGUAUGUUGCAAGCCUGCACCUGCUUACUUUUGACGCACACCUGACUGAGCUCACCGAUGAACAAGCCAAAUACAUGGGCUUGAAUAAAUAUGGCCCCUUCAAACCCACUUACUACAGGUAUUAAGUCUCAGUGUGACUCAUCAUUUAAAAGAAAACUGACAGAAACUGAUUAGACUCAGCAGGGAGUUCAUUCAUCCUGCUUUUCACCAACACAUGAUAUUACCAGCUUGACCAUUAAGGGUCAGAGUGUACCAAUAUAUAGUGAACUACAGCACUUUUUCCUCUUGCUAUUGUACUGCUAACCAUUUUAGAAAAGGUGUCCAUUCUGGUUGUAUACAACGUACAUUAUCACUAAAGCUUCCUCAAAACAAAUAAAUACAUAAAAGUAAAAGAAAAUGGAAUAAAUGAACAUGGCAUGCUACGAGUAUGUUAUUUAUAUCCUUGCAUAGUUCUCUAAUAAAACACUGUAUUCUGCUAAGUUUGCUUACUUCACAAAUAGAAAACCUGACAGGGCAAAACCACUGUUUUUACUAUGAAUGACACAGAUACUUUAAUCUUAAAACACUAACACAUGAAAACUGGAAACACAAACUGACAUUAUAGAAUGGAAAAUGGCUUGGUGUACUCACUUUAAGUCUAGUAAAGGGGUAAAGGGUAAGAAUAAUAGAGAGACCAUCUGCUGUCCUUAAAUCUUGAAGCAGGGAAAAAUUCCUCAGUGUGCCUAUAGAUGGAGGUAAAGCUUUGACAAAUAAAGGACAAAGAAAGAGGGAUAUUUGCUUGCUUGUAGUGGCAACAAUCUUGUUGGAUCUCAUGUGGUUUGCAAGACAGAAAUUCUGUUGAUUAUGAUUUUCCUCCACUGUAUUUUUUGUGUCCAAGUAGUUAAAUAAAGGUAUUUCAAAGCAGCU